AUGCCACCUCACAAAUCCCCACUCGAAUAUCCCACUCGCUCCUUUGUCACUUCCCGCAUAAAUGGCUAUUGUCCCCCUGUGGCGACUCAUCCGGCCGGACGAAAGAAGUUGACGGAUGUCUUGCCCUCAAUCCAAGGACAGAAAGCAGGAGUGGCAAACGGCAGGAGUCGAAAUACGUUUUGCCUGCCUAGUGAUGACGAGGAAGAUGUGGAUGAAAAUGAAAGUUCAGACGAUGAAAGGGAGGUUCGGCCUAAGCACCCCCUAGGACCCUCAAAUCGGUCUGCACCCGUCAAGACAGGUCGGGCCGCACAGCCACUUCCAAGCGAUGAUGAGGAUGAGGAUGAUAGUGAAGAUUCAGACCAAGACAACCAAGGCUUACUCAAAGGACACCCGUCUUUGUGGUCAAAUUCUCAGCGCCAGAUGCGGGCCAAUCCGACUACCAUGCGUGCAUCUCAUCCUGUGUUUGACCACCAGAAAGCUUUUAGAGCCAGACAUGGUCAGGAACAGUACAAUAGUUCAAACAGCUCUUCUUCUCUUCCUCGUCACAAUACAUCUGCUCCAGUAUCAGCCUCUACAUCAGCUGAAGACCUUGCACUGCACAACUACCUCCAUAACCAAGAGAGUGAUGACGAGGUUCUAGGACAAUCACGGCGCAGUGGCCAAGAGACCCAUUUGCAGCAAUUGCAGCAUACUCAGCGUUACCAACAGUCGCAAUUGUCUCAGUUUCAACAGCAGCAUCAGUCGCAUGCGCCUACCAACAAGGCUGCACAGCGUGGCCAAUCCAGCGUGCAGCCUCAGCGCGUCACGAUGUCCGGCAUGGAUCUCCUGAAGCAGCUCGAACAAGAGCGAGCUGAAGCCAAGCGCCAGAAACCAAAAAUGAGUUCUUCGACUGCCAAGAUUGAAGGACUCUUGGCCAAAUUACCCGAACCUGGUCUCCAUAAUAUCUCAUUUCAGCAAAUGCAUGUCCAGACCCCCCUUCCAAAACCCAAGAAGUCACGGUCUCCUCAAGCAUGGACAGGAACAUAUGAGCCUCAAAGAUCCACUAUGCCUGCUGUCCAUCGUACUGUGCCUACCUAUAUGGCCCAGUCUGUAUAUGGGUACCCUCCCCCUGUAUCUACCCCUCAGAGAUCCGGAAAUUCUGGCAAGAUGGCUCACCAAGACACAUUGCGGCCAAGCAGCAGUGCAGGCGAUCUGCAACCACUACAAAGACGCUGA